GUCAGUGGCAGGGCUAAGAAUAGGCCCUACAUCUUCUGAAUCCCAGUCUAUCUCCUUAUGCAGUAACCAUGCUGCCUCUUAAGUUGUGCCCAAGACACUAGGGGCCCAGAACACCAUGGCCCUGUCAGUACAACUGUGAAUAGCACUUGCACCUGUUUCACUCAAUGCAUGCCCCUCUUACCCUCCUCUCCCCUGUCCCCCUUCCCUUUGCAUUUUGCCAAUUCCCUCCUAAAUACAUCUACACCAAAAAUAAAUAUAAUUUUUUUUUAAAUGUGGUACUAACAUGGCAUUUGCUAUCAUUCCAUCAUUCACUCUGCUGUUGUGUUCUACCCCUUCCCCACCCUGGAUCUAUCUGGUCUGUUUAGAUUGUAAGGUUUCUGGCACAGGGACUGUCUACUAUUCUGUGUUUGUACAGCACCUGCCUAUGGGGCCCCAUUCUUGAUUGGCCCUCGGGCACAACGUUAAUAAAAAUGAUUAAUAAUAUAACUGAUGUGAGAUAAAGCCCUCAUUUGUUCAUUUUGUUGGCAAAGGAGUGAACAUGCACCUGUGACAUGGAUCCUGGAAUGCAAUCAUGAAAUCCAGCCUUAAAUUUGCUAGGCCAGAACAUUAGGAGCUAAAUGCUGUAAUGAGUGUUUACUAAGCUAUGCACAUUAGGAUAAAAGUGCCCUAAUUGAGUGCCUGUUUGCUUGCCUUAUAUGAAGCCCUCAAAGCCAUACAAAAUAAAUAACAUUGUUUGGCACAGUCACCUGUUAAACAGGAUUUACGAUGCAUAUAAAUGUGGUGGAUUCAGUAAUCAGGCUGAUAGUGGUUUCUAGUCAUUUAUAAAUGCUUCUAAGAAGAUCCAGUAGGUGGUGCCAGGGGACCUUGCUACAAGCCUUACAGAGCAAAACAAUCCGCUUGGGUGGGAGGGCUGAGCAAGGGUGGAACAUUUGGCUCUGUGUCUCAGACAGGAAGUGGUGGGAGGGAAGUAGCUAUUGCUGCUGGAAAUGAGGCCUGCAGGAGCUGUUUCUGUGGCCUAGAUGCCUUUAGUGAUCUGAUAGCCAGGCCAGUUUCAGUGGAGUCCUAAGUAACGAUCUGUCUGGCGCUAGGAGCAUUGCCAAGACUCUGAGGAUGACUCUGGAAUGACUGAGUGCAUUGGAGCCGGUACUCCAUUCCACAGAGGUGCAGCGAUCCCCCAUCUGUUGGAGUCAUAUUAAGGUAGUUUUAAGUCUCUGUUGCUUGGGAGCAAGGAUUUUACAGGUGUUCAACGAAGCAUUUAAAAUUUCCCAGGCCACUGUAGUUCCAUGCAGCCCAGAAUCUAACAAGAGUGAAAUCCCAUCAGGCCUUUUAGUUGCAGGCUGAUGACUGUUUCUUAGGGGCAGCUAGGAAUGGAUAAGUUCUUGGUCAAAAGGCCUUCCCCAGGCAAGAACAAACAAGAACCCUUAGAGAUGACGGGAGGAGGGCUGGACUGCAUGAGAGAUGGGGGAGAGAAGAAAAGGCCCCGGUCAGAAAUGCCAGGUGCAGAUGAGUCCUUGUUGCAUUCUCCAUGGAAGCAAAUCCGGGCUGAGGGUCUGAACUGCGAUUACAAGAUCCUGUUCGACAAAACUGAGGCUGACAAGAUUUUCCAGGAGCUGGAAAAGGAAGUGGAAUAUUUUGAAGGCGAUCUUACCAAAGUGCAAGUGUUUGGCAAAUGGCACAAAAUUCCAAGGAAGCAGGUGACAUAUGGAGAUCCUGAGUUAACAUACACUUACUCAGGUGUUACCUUUUCUCCUAAGCUAUGGAUUCCAGUUCUCAACCGUAUCAGAGAGCGCAUCACCCUGGCCACUGGACACACUUUUAAUUUUGUUCUUAUUAACAGAUAUAAAGAUGGCUGUGAUCACAUGGGUGAACAUCGAGAUGAUGAGAGAGAAUUGGUUCCACGGAGUCCCAUCGCAUCAGUGUCCUUUGGAGCCUGCAGGGACUUUUUCUUCAGGCACGGUGCUUCCCGAGGGAAAAACGCCUCAUGCCACAUUGAGCCAGUCAAGCUGCAGCUAGCCCAUGGCAGUUUACUAAUGAUGAACUACCCCACCAAUGUGUACUGGUAUCAUAGCCUGCCCACCCGCAAGAAGGUGCUAGCCCCAAGAAUCAACCUGACGUUUCGGAAAGUGAUGGCUUUACCAAAAAAAUGAAGUUAUUUAACAACCUAACAUCUAGCUUGAACAGCUCCUUUUGCCUCUGAAAAUGAGAACUUUCUUUCCAUGUCAUAAGUCAAUUUCUCUUUCAAACACUGCCUUUUCCUUUGCAUAUAUAGCAAGAGAUAGGAACCUUGCUGUGGUGCAAGCUUUGUCACAUGAGUGUAUUUAAAUUAGGAAAGCAAACGGGGAAUAACAUGCAGUUGUUUAGAUACAAAUACGGCAACCAUUUGAUCUUGGAUGUUAAGAUUAUUUUCCUACAGCCAAUGCUAUUGUAGCCUGAUGGUAUAUUUUUCUACUGCUAUUCUCCUUGGUUCAGAAGGGAGGUUUAUUUUUAAGUCUGUGGUAGUCCUAUCAGUGAGUAUGCCUUGUUUUUUGUUUUUAAGUCUCUACUAAAUACUAACGUACCAUAGAAUCUAAUAAUUCAGUAAGUCUGAAAUGUAUGGGAGCGCAUGACUGCUCUACAAAUGAGUCAUGUAUAUUUUUUUAAAUAAAACAAGAUUCUUCUACGAGAAGGGUAUGCUAAUUGUUUAAAUGACAAACUUCCCCUUCAUCAUUUACAAUGUGAUUGUAACUGGUGCAGGUUUGGAAACAGGACUACCCAGUUCUGGAGCUUCUGAAGAUAUAUACCAACAAAGCAAUAAGAACUGUUACUUAUCUUACAGUAACUAUGACUCUUGGAGAUGUAUUGCCCAGAUGGAUUCCACUGUUGUUGCGUAUGUGUCCGAGAUUGAAUUCUUUUGGCCAGCAGUGUCCACUGGGAUUGCACCUACUCCAUAGAUAACCUCACCCACCCACCACUUGAGGGCAUAAGGGGCUAAGCAGGCCUUCCUCAGUUCCUUCACCAGUACAGAAUCCAGGCAGUAUAGGACUAAUCAUCAUGAAGCCCUGCACAUCAGUGGCAGUAGUCAUUGAAUAUGCUGCCAUAUUAGAUAGGUCUAGAGCUGCCUGAAGAGAUGUUUGGCCCAUUAACUACCCCUCAGACAGUAGGGGACUGUGCUGUGGAAGCUUCUCUAUGAAUUGAGGCACUUUGAGAGCAGUGCCUGAUAACUGGAAAUGUGCAUCUGGAGACUAGCUGAGGAGUUAGACCUUCCUGCUGAAUAAGUCAAGCUUUGUAGGAGUCUUUUUCCUACAUUGUGUCUUUGGCUGCCCCUGUUGCUUAGAUCUUUCAUCUAUCGCCGCCGCCAUCAUUAGUGAUCGGGGGCGGAGAGGGGGAGUAUUGUAAACAUAUUCUAAUCUAAGGGGGUACCUGAUAGCACUUGUCAGCUCUUUUGGAAGUGGACGCCACUGAUGCUAGGAUCUGUCACAACUCCUUAGCUGGUUCUAACAAGUAAUGUACAUGACAAACCUACCAGGCACGGAGGAGUGCAGGAGGCCUAGUAAUCUGUGACUUUUCUUGUAUCACCUCCACUAGAAUCUCUGAAGUAUCUACCAUGCAUCUUGGAAGGCCUUGAAUUAUCUGGCUGGCUAGGAGGAGGAGGAGGAAUGACUGCCUCAUCUGGUGAGGAGGAAGAAAUUUCUGUUGGGAACAACUGGUCUUUCUUAUCCUGCUGCUAUUCUUCCUCACUGCUCUGUUCUUGUUGUAGGCUGUGGGUUUGCGCCAGCUAACCCUGUUGAGUAGAUAUCUCUUGUCUUGAAGGGGAGGGAGAUUAACUCUAGAGGGAGUAGUAGAAGGUGAUCCUAGGUUACAUAUGCUAGGGAGCCCAAAAUGGCCAAGAUUGCAUGCUGUUAUGAUACAGGGUUGGACACCAUGUGGGUGGAAACCAUAAUGAAUGUUCUCUAUGAGAUCCCAGGAGCCUGUGCUUAUUAGGGUGAUCCAUGACUUUCUAUCAGACCAGU